AUGGCAGAUACAUCCGACAGGGACAGCGACGAUUCUAGUGGCGACGCUCUCGAUGUAUCUCCAGAAACUGAAAGUGUGAUAGUUUCACUGGUUGAUGAUGAAUACAUUGCAAAACAGAUCACAGAAUUUCGACAGGUUCUGUUGGAUAAGGCAGAAGAGGAGAGUGAAUUUUACUUGGAAGAAAGGCUGCUAUCUCUAAGACUUGGUGCAGAGUUUUCGAGUGACCUCGUUUCAAAUUCCAACGAAGAAGAGGCACUUCCUCCUGAAAUAGAGAGAAGAAUAUUGGUCAGGCUUGUUGAAGCAUACUAUAUUGGACAAGGAGACGUUGUAGCACUUGGUCGACAACUUACAAGUUUCCACAAGGCGUUGCAACCAUUCUGGAAAGAAACAAAUCCUGGAAGUAGCACUUUUUCCAGACUUCCUGGCGAAACAUCCGCGGAUAUAUUCGAACAUCUGAGAUCAGUCUUUUCAUCAGAAGAUGCUAAAAAUCCUUCCAUCUUUUUCCGGGCAUUCUGCUACGCGCAUCAUCGACUUGAUUAUUCUUCUUUAGUGGACGAUACGCUGUUGGACGCAUAUUGUCUUUGCUUUUUUACCAUUCAAGUACUGCAAGGCAGUUUUCAUGGAAUUGACCUGGACAUCGGAUCAAUUCAUACUAUGAUUGAUGAUGAAUUCUUCGACGGCAAAAGUCACGAUGAUAUUGAAUUGACAUCAGAAGACAUCCUUUGGUGUUUCUGUCAUUUGUUGUUGAGGAUUGGAUCUGUGAUCCGCAGCAAGCAUGGACUGGAUUUUUACAAUGGAAUCUUUGCGGAGCCUUACAGUGUCAUAAUGAAGGAAGAAUUGCUUGUUGCUCGACUGUCGAUGGAUUUAAGGCCCGAGAGCCCUGCUUCAUUCUAUGCUGCAUACAGAAUGGUAAUGGAUACAAGACGAAUAUUGCCAGAGAAAAUGCAAAGUGGUUGGUUAGAACCUGCAUAUGGCUUUGCGAUUCAGGGUCUUUCGAAAGCAGAAAAAUGGAACGAUCCAUUUUUCCUCUAUAUCUUCAUCGUCAUUCGGGCGUUUUGGCUACCAACGUCAAUGGAAGCACCCGAUUCAUAUUCUUUUGGAGAAAUAAGGGCGAAAAUAGAGACUGCGAAUGAAUACAAGAGAGAAGCAAAGGAAUACAUUCCCAGUCACCAGUUUUGGUUUGCUGAACAGCACGAGGUUUUGUUGAGAAACAUCUUGAAGGCAUUUCCAAUUGAUGACGACUUUGAAAUCACAUUCCCGCUGAUGGACUGCACUACUUUUAGACCAAUACAGCCGAAGGGCAAGAAGACAACAGACACCCCCCCUUCGUCACCUUAA